AUGUCUGGUGGAGGUUUUUUCAGUCCCCUUACUAUGAUCCUCAAGGAUUCUAAGCUGGAUGGGGGUAAUUAUGUUGACUGGAAGAGGAAGUUGAACAUAGUACUCGCAGCUGAAGGGUACAAGUAUGUUCUGACUGACCCCUGUCCUGUAAUUGGGAGAAACUCUACUGACGAGGAGCGUCAGGCAGAGGCGGAAUGGAAGAAUGUUGACGAGAUGGCACGAUGCUACAUGUUGGCUUCCAUGUCCGAUGUGCUUCAAUCGAAGCAUGAGCAUACGCCUACUGCUUAUGAUAUUGAUGUGUCGUUGCGCACCAUGUUCGCUGAUAAGAGCCGGCCCGCGAGGCAGGAAGCUUUUAAGGCAAUUAUGACUACCAGGAUGGCUGAGGGGGCAUCAGUUCUAGAGCACAUGCUCAAAAUGAUUGCUUACUUCGAGGAAGCUAAGGUUUUAGGAGCGACGAUAGAUGCUGAGAGUCAGGUAGACAUGGUUUUAGAGACUUUGCCAGAUUCAUACUCGCAGUUCAAAUUGAACUAUAACAUGAAUAAGUUAGAGAUGAAUCUAGUGGAGCUCAUGAAAGAGCUCCAGGCGACAUAG